AUGGUCAUAUCAGAAUACCUUGCUGGGCACAUGAAAGGAGCAGCGCUAGGAGGGCUCAUCGCGACUGCGUGCAGCACUGCAGCUGGUCUGGAGGAACAUUCACUCUCUUCGAGGACGGCGAGCAACCAGGAACUGCGCCUCUUAAUACCCCUGAAAUGAACCUCAGCAGCUGCAAUAUCACAGCCUAUGAAAACUUUCCACUUGUCCAGCUGUGUUUUUACAUCCCAGUUUUGCUUUUGGGCAUUUUACUGAACGGGCUGGCGCUGUGGGUGUUCUGCUGCAAACUCGGCAAAUGGACAGAAACCAGAGUAUACAUGGUCAACUUGGCUGUGGCCGACUGCUUCCUGCUCUUCACUUUGCCUUUUAAGACUUUCUCCCAGUUCCAUCAUCUGAAGGCAGAUAGUUGGUGCCUGGUUCUGGAAGGCGGCUAUUUUAUAAACCGCUUAAUGAGCAUCGGUAUCAUCACUGUCGUAGCAGCUGAUAGGUACCUUGCAAUCAAGUACCCUUUGAAAGCCAAGGUGCUGAGAUCGCCGCUGAAGGCAGCUUUUGCCUCUGGAUUUCUGUGGAUAGCCAUCAUCUGUGUGAUGUCCCUCAUUAAAAAGUUAGAGGAGCGAGGACAAGACGAACUUUGCUUUGAAAAAUCUUCUGUUAAGCCCUCAGUUAUCACGCUGUGUGCUAUUAUCAUAGGGUUUUUCAUACCACUGAUCAUCUUGAGCUAUUGCUCCAUACAAGUCAUUGCAGAACUCGUCAGAAAGAAGAAUGAGAAGUGUCACAAGGAAAAGCUAAUCAGGAAGGCCGUCUACAUUGUGUCUGCAAACAUGGCUGUGUUCAUCAUAUGCUUUUUACCUCUUUACCUCGGGCAUCUCCUUCGCUUUAUAAUGGACUCCAUCAGUUCCAACUGCUCUGCAAUACAGAGUGUUAAUAAUUUUGUCCACUUCGCCUCAGUCCUUGCCAACACAAACUGCUGCCUGGAUGCUAUUUGUUAUUACUUUGUCAACAAGGAAUUUAAGGAAGCAUCUCCCAAGCUAGCAAAGUCCAAAUCUGAGACCAGUGAAAAAGCUGAAGUUCAGCUCCCAUGCGUAACAUAUUAGUGCAAAACACACACAGCACACAUUUUGUACUUGCUAUGUUCAAUUUAAAUUGGGACUCAGUCGCAGGCUUUCACAGUUUCUUUGUGUGUGAAUGGGAUGGAGGGACUUUCUGCUAAUGGGAAGGACUCAGACACAUGAAAAUUAGACAACCACAGCCAUCAAAUCCUGAUGUAAUGAUCUAGGUUGCCACUGAUAAUUAUCUGCCUUAUGCAAAUUUGAGAAAAAUUAUAGCUUUCCCCUGCAAAAAAGGUCUUUCGUUUUCCCAGAAAACCCAAAACAAGUGCGGGCAGUGAUAAAGC